GAUCUACAGAUAAUAGAGGAAGUGGCUUCCUGCUAACACUAAUCCAGCCUAAAUAUGGCUAGAUCUAUCACUGUCCAGUAACAGUGACUCUACUAACUCUGUGAGUGAGGAACCAAGAACCAGCUGCUACCCACCCCCCCAGAACAAAUCAUGACCCAGCCAGUUGAAACAGACUACAACUUUGUUGAACAACUUGACAAGGAUUUGUACUGUCCAGUUACCUUUGAGAUUCUGGUGGAGCCACAUCAAACCGACUGCUGUGGACAGCACAUCUCAGAGAAAGCUGCUCAAAGGAUCAUCAGAGAUGGCAAGCCUUGUCCUAUGUGUAACAACGCUCCCUUUAAAACACUGAAAGACAAGUUUUUCAAACGUAACACCAUCAACAAAUUGAAUGUUCGCUGCCCCCACAAGAAGAGUGGGUGUGAGUGGACGGGGGAACUGGGAGAUCUGAACCACCAUACCACCUCCUGUCCAAAACGUCUCUGGAAAUGCCAAUAUUGUGACUUUGAGUCCACCCACGAUAUCGGAACAAAUGACCACAUCGCUUGCUGUGACAACUAUCCCCUGCCUUGUCCCAAUCAAUGUGAGAUCGGUACCGUCCCUCGCUGCCAAGCUGAUAGCCACCUGCUGGAGUGCCCCCUACAACUUGUGGAGUGCGAGUUUGCUGGAGCUGGAUGUGACGUGAAGGUUCCUCGAAGAGAUCUGGGUGGUCACAUGACUAAGAGUGUUCAACACCACCUCCUGCCCGCCACCCUCCUCAACCUGCAACUAACGAGAGAGCUACACCAGAAAAUGAAGGAGAAAGACCAACAAAUAGUUGACUUGCAGAAACAAGUGAAGGAACAAGGCGAUAUUAUUGACACCAAGAUUCAACAAUUAGAUGCAAAAGUUGAUACCAAAUUCCAACAACAAGACCAAAAAAUGAAUACCAAGUUUUAUGAUCUACAAGCAAUAGUCAAUACCAUGUUCCAGGAUCUCGAUAUGAAGGUUGAGCGACAAACUAAAAACCUUGACACAAAGGUCAGUGAUCUAAAGGUCACGAUGGAAGCCAACACAGUGAAGAUACAGAAUGAUUUGUUAUUGUUAAAUGAGUUUUCUUGCCACGAGUUCACUCUCACCGAGUUUACGAAACAACAAACCAGUGGACACUGGCGUGGUGGAGAGUUUGCAGCACAGAAGUGGAGGUUCUCAUUCGGUGUGUUUACCGGAACACGUUUGUCAGUCUACGUCAGUAAAGAGCAUGAUGCUGGCAAAACAGAAGUUGUAGCUAUCCUACAGAUGCUCAACCAGCGAGGUGACCAUGGACACUACAUAGAAACGGAAAACAUUUCGAAGAAGCAAUUAACAUAUUUUGGCGACUCAGGCAAAUUCUUCCCCCUGGAUCGCCUAGGUUACUGUGCUGACGUAAACACUCAGUACCUCAAAGACGACUGUCUCAAGUUCAGACUGUUUAUGAAAGUGAAGGCUCUUUAACAAUGUUGGUUACUAUACCGUGACUGUAUCUUAGCAAUUAGUGUGAAGUUUGACUAUUCUUGAAA